UUAUCUCCCCUGUGUGGAGCUAAGGGCUGUUUACUCCCUUGCAGGAAGUCAGUUGUCUACGUCAAAAUGGAGGCCUCUUGCAACCACGACUUCAAUGCUACCGCGGAGGAUGAACUUAGCUUCGGAAAAAACUCCGUCAUCAAGGUGUUAAACAUGGAUGAGGACAAGAACUGGUACAAGGCCGAGUACGGAGGGAAAGAGGGCUACGUCCCUGCAAACUACAUCACCCUGAAACCCAACAGCUGGUACAUUGGCAGUAUUUCACGCUUGGAAGCAGAAAGGAAAUUAUUGCCUUCCUACCAACCAGAUGGGGCUUUCCUUGUGCGCAACAGUGAAAGUGCUCCAGGAGAAUUUUCAAUUUCUGUCAAAUUCCAAGAAAACGUUCAGCAUUUUAAGGUCUUGCGUGACGGAUCAGGAAAGUAUUUUAUGUGGGUAGUGAAAUUCAACUCUCUCAAUGACCUUAUCACCUACCAUCGCACAGCAUCAGUGAGCCGAGGACAGACAAUUUACCUGAAGGACAUGGUGGAUGCCAACAAAGAAAUCUUUGUCAAGGCAUUGUUUGAUUUUUCCCCCCAAGAAGACGAGGAACUGCCACUAAGCAGGGGCGAUACGGUCAAACUGGUACAGAAGGUGGACAAAGACUGGUGGAAGGGAGAGAAGGAUGGCAAGACAGGAUUGUUCCCUGCGUCAUACGUCCAGGAAUAAGAGGAACUCUCGCGAAGAGUUGACAAAUUUGACAUUGGAGCUCAGUGCGGUUUGUGACAUCAGUUUGCAGGACAUUGUGGUGUAACGAAAGACGCUCUGUUUAGAUCACGCUCCUUGGUCAACCGAUGCCAUUGUUCAACCUCGAGACCACACACCUGAUCAGUAGAGGGGAUGUUUGACUAUUUACCCAUAUUCUCCUUAUAUGUCAUUGUCAUUGGGUACUGUAGAAGGAUUGUCAUACUUUGUUUAAAUGGUCGAUAUUGAUUUUUACAACAAAACAAAAAAAAAGAAGAAAAAUACUAUAGAGGCUUGUGAAGUCAUGUUAUCUGGUUCCGCUGCUGUUACAGGUAGAGAUACAGGUAGAGAUGAGUUGUAAUACAUAAGCUGAACAUAUUGAGAUGUGCCUGGUUGAUCAGUGUUGAUAGGAUGUAGUGAUAGGGAUGAUGAUGAAAAUAUGUCUGUAUGUAAGGCGUGUAACGAUUGGUUCAAAUCAUUAGUUCAUACGGAGAUGUGUCUGUAUGUUAGGGAUGUAACGAUUGGUUCAAAUCACUAGUUCAUACUGAGAUGUGUCUGUAUACAGGUUAGGGGUGUAACGAUCGGUUCAAAUCAGUACAUCUGAACACUCAUGUUUAACAAAACAGUUCAUACUAAGAUAUGUCUGAAUGUUAGGGUUCAACAAUAUGGUUCGUAUUGAGAUGCACAUGAACAAAAGUGUAUGUACCAUAUUGUGAUACUUGUAUUGCAGUAUGUACCAUAUUGUGAUCCUUGUGUUGCAGUAUGUACCAUAUUGUGAUCCUUGUAUUGCAGUAUGUACCAUAUCGUGAUCCUUGUAUUGCAGUAUGUACCAUAUUGUGAUCCUUGUAUUGCAGUAUGUACCAUAUUGUGAUCCUUGUGUUGCAGUAUGUACCAUAUUGUGAUCCUUGUGUUGCAGUAUGUACCAUAUUGUGAUCAGUGAUGAUCCUUGUAUUGCAGUAUGUACCAUAUUGUGAUUCUUGUGUUGCAGUAUGUACCAUAUUGUGAUCCUUGUAUUGCAGUAUGUACCAUAUUGUGAUCCUUGUAUUGCAGUAUGUACCAUAUUGUGAUCCUUGUAUUGCAGUAUGUACCAUAUUGUGAUCCUUGUAUUGCAGUAUGUACCAUAGUGUACAUGGUUGCCAUGGUUACACCUAUUCAACAAAAAACUGAUACAGACUGAGAAAAGGAGCAACUAUUAUGAUCAUUGUUCUGUUUUCCAUGCUUAUUGUAUAUGAUUAUUAUGAUUAUGUCUUUGAGAUCCAGGAAUUGUGCCGUCACCUAUCAUUUUUGGCCCGUAUGUGUAUUUGUUUGUAUAUGUUGUGUAGGUUAAAGUCAGGUUUGCGAGAACAAUCUUUCCUGCUCAUCUUGCAUGUCUAAAAAGUUAUUUCUGCCAUACCACACACAUCAGGUGGGUUCAGUAGUGUCCAAAUGGGGUUAAGAGUCUUCUUGAAAAGCAUAAAAUUUGAAAAUACUUUGAAAAGCACUUUAACAAAGUUGAAUAAAUGUAAUAAUUAAGGCUUGGAUCAUGAUCAUGCUAUUUUUAAAAAGUAAAAUUAAAAAAAAAUACUUUGUAAGGCCCAAUGAAUUAGGAUAAAGAGCUUGGAAAAUCCUUGAACUUUUUUUAAAAACAGGCUUUUCAACUUCCAAAUGAUUAAUGCAGUUCACAGAAACAUGUUUUCUUCUCAAAUGUUUGUGAAAGUACACCAUAUCCUUCAUUAACAUAUUAAAGUAUGAUUGGAGGUGAAUGUAUUUUGACAUAAAGACGUGUUUUGUGUUCAUCUUUUGGAGUAAAAAAUAUAUGAUGUAUUCUACCCUUGGUACUCAGAAUUCUAGAAUAAUCCUAACUACUACUUUGUAGCUAUAGUGUAGAGUGAGUGACAGUGAAUGAAAGAUGACAUGUAGAUGUAGGACUGUCAUGGUUCACUGAACUAACGGUACAUCACAACACUUCGUCGCAGUACACAUUGGGGGCACGGGUGGCCCAGUUGUCUAAAGACGCCGUGAUUCGCUGUGCAGAGUUGCGUCCCUUGGGCACGCCAGAAAUCUAUGAUUGUGGGUUCGAAUCCCAGUUCGCCCCGAUUAUGUUUCCAGGUUUGUCAGCACCAUAACCGUGCUCAUGGGUUUCACCGAAGUGGUAAACGUCUGAAACCUGCAUCACUUCGGGCUUUCCUCCCACAUUAAGCUGACACGCACGAUAUAACUGUAAUACUGUUAAAAGCGGCGUUAAACCCAACUCACUCACUCACGCAUUACACAUUUAUGUCAAUCGGUCAUUUGUUAAUUUAAGACUGUGUUCCUCAUCCCCCGAAGGAAAGUAAUUGGUUCCUUUUUUUAGUGUUUGGACAAGAGUGAUUAUUACAGUAUACAAUGCUCCACCAUAUCAACAGGCAGUUAUGCAUUGAUGACAAAGCAUGUUUUUUCUUGACUCACUCAUUUCAACAAGUGGCUCAGUCAUCUAAGAUGUCGUGGGGCGGUUGGGUAGCCAAACCGAUAAAGUGUUGGCUUUUCACCCGGGGUCGGCCCAGAGUCGAUUCCCAACAUGGGUACCAUGUGUGAAGCCCAUUUCUGGUGUCUCCCUGCUGUGAUAUUGCUGGAAUAUUGCUAAAAGCGGGGCAAAACCAUACUCACUCACUCUAAGGUGUCUCAAUUUGCUCUGCAGAGUUGUUUCUCUUAGGAAUGCCGACACCAAUGAUUGUGGGUUCAAAUCCCGCGUUUGGUCUGGUGAUGCUUCUAGGUUUGUGCACCAGAGUGGUAAACUUCUAAGACCUGCGUCACUUUGGUGGGCUUUCCUCCCACAUCAAGCUGACUUGUUGUGAUAGAACUAAAUUGUUGUUCAAAUCACGUUUAAUCGAACUCCUUCACUCACAGAUUGUGUUUGAGAGUACCUUAUCUUGCAUCUUACUGCGAUGUAGUAUAGUGAUGUACCAUCGUCCGGGAUGCAGUGCAUCUUUGCAGUUCUAACCAUGCUAACCUCACCAUCUGUUACGUAGACAGUAGACUGACAUGAGUCACCUCUGUCGUAGUCUGUGGAGACUUCAUAUUGAAGGUCUUGGUGAGGUCAUUUCAUGAUAAAGAAUGACUCUUUGUGCUAAGAAAGUUGAUAAAUAAGAUGUAUAUUCAAUGGAACAUACAGGGAUGUACAAGUGGCAUUUUGUUUGAGAAGUAUUCUGGAGGAGAUUGGGAAAUAUGAUUGUUUUGGUUACCAUGGUUACUAGCUAAUCAGCAUUAAGACAUCUAUAUUGUUGAUGUAAAUAUUGUGGACAGCUGUUGUCAUGGGCUCCUAUAGAUGGGGAACAAGAUCGUUAUGAUCCUGCAUGACAAAGGAUAGGAACAUUACUAAUACGGAGACAUAUAUGUUAUGUUUGUUGUUUAAUGGCGUACUCGGCAAUAUUCCAGCCAUAUGAAGGCGGCGGGUAACAAUCAAGUCUGGACCAGGCAAUAAGGGCUGGAAUGAGUCCAAAUUUACUACCCAGGUAUCCAACACCCUAUUACCUGGCCCUACUCUCACGAGUUGGGUACAAAAUAUCCAAAUACCCGGUAGGAAUUGUGUUUCCGCAGCCCUGGCAAAAACUAUUUAGAUAUGUAAAAAGAUCUGAUCAUGCAUAGAUGCUUUGUCCUUACUCGUACAUAUUAAAUUCAGAAUGAAUGCUUGCAUAGUCAGAAAGAUAUGCGAACAUUAGUGACUUGUAGUGUAACCAUGGAGUUUUAUUUUUUGUUAAUGUCAUUAAACAGUAUAUCACGUGACUAACCAUGGGUCCAGGUAGUUGUGUGGUACCUGGGUCCUACUCAGGACCCAGCCGAUCAAGUUGCUGUCCCAGCCCUACAGGCAAUCCAGUGAUAUACUAUCAACAAAGUCACAAAGUUGGACCACCCGAUCCAUUGGUUGCCCCUUUUUACCAGCAAUGGUUGCUGGAGACCAAUUCUGACCUGGAAUCCCCACUGGGCACAUCCAUCUUGUGAUGUACGUGCAUGACUUUCUCAUCAGUUUUUAACUUUUUGUAAUUUAAAAAAACAGAUAUAGGGCUUUUCUUAUUUCGUAAGUUAGUUUUUCUGAACCACAGUGUCAUCUGGUCAUUAGUAAAUAAAAUUGAUAAAACUGGAAAUGAAAAAAGGUAUGUAAGAAAAAAGAGUCACCUGAGCAAGAACCGUCAGGUUGAACUGGAUUAAAACCAGACUGUAUUUUGCUGCAGAGUAUCGGCCUGUGUAUCACCAUGUGUAGUCAUGGUGAUUGUAUGUAUAUUUGUCAUAGGCACAAUACUCAAGGUGACCAAGCCAGGCAGAGAGUCUUACAAAAUGUACAAUAUUAGAUUUCCUUGGCACAUUUCAUUCCACUGCUAGAAGGUUACUAAUCUCAGCAUGUAUAUAGAAGACCUAACUUCUUGUGUGUAAUGGACCCGGCUUUAGCUGUUUGGUAUGGAUUAUGCUCGUGUCACUAUCACAUCUUUUAAGACUACAUGAUUGACUGUUCAAGUGAUCGUUAUUUUGGCCUUUGACAAGUUAUACAUGUUAAGAAGAAAUGUAGUAUCCAGUAUGGCAGGCUAAUUGUGAAUACGAUGAUGAUGAUGAUGAUGAUGAUGCAGGCUAAUUGUGAAUACGAUGAUGAUGAUGAUGAUGAUGAUGUCUGAUGAUGUCUGAUGUGACUUUGGCAUAACAUAUGCAUGAAAUAAAGUUUUGUAAAUUAGGAUCGGUAGUUUACAGAUACAGAGCAUUUUACCUGCUGCUCAAAAUAAGUUAAGGACCAACUGAUUCUUUCAUAUUACUUUAGUUAAUCAGAAAUAUGAAAGAAUUGGGUGGUUGUUCCACUUUUUUUUAGUAGUAUAUUUGGGGAGCAUUCUGUUUGAAUUUGGCGAAUUGGUUGUAACAUUUCCUCAAUCACUGAAACUUUCAGGUAAGGAUAACAACAUGUACCACUCAGCUUCAACAACCCGGAAACCAGGUAUUAUUGUCUCAGCUUGUCCAAUGUGUUAUUUUGAACCAGGCAUGACUUAGGGUCACUCACAAUAGGUUUUAACUUCUUGUUUCUUAACAAUGUUCAGUAAGUGUUAAUUAUCUAGAUUGUAGAACAGUUUGCACCUCGACAUUGCAAUUGAGCAUGAGGAAGAGAUGUUGAGCCUUCGUCUCAACAUCCUCAUUCUGUUCAACAGCAGCAACUUCGCUGAUUGAAACUGAACAGGAGCUGAUGAACCUGAUAGCGGAUUAUAAGGGACAAAUAUGAUGGCAGGAAGUCUACUUUCGUUUGAGACUUAUCAAGCCGGCUUGUACAGUCAGUUAAAUUGAGCCAUUACAGUGAGAGAUUUUAUUACUUAUUACAAAUCGUUUAUUAAAAUAUAAUCUUUUUUAUCUCAUAUCAAGUCUGACUUAUUUCAUGAAUAAAAUUGACUUCAAAAUUGGUCAAAAUAAUUUUUCUUUUUUAUAAAUUUGACCGCAAGCACUAUGGUUUGGAAAACUAUGAUAAUUAACCCGGUAGUACUAGAAUCAAUUGCAGAAUUGUGUGAAAAAUGGCAUUGAUGUGAGUGUUAUGUACAAAGGAUCACAGCUCAAUUUGCCGAGAUUAAACCUUCAUAGGUCAACAUUCCUUGUUGAAAUGUUACCAUGGUUACCAGUGAUGUUAUCUGCUUGUUAUGCAGCUUUGGAGACAUAUGUGUACAGAGUUGACCAUUGUUAAAUGUUACGGACAACUCCAAGUUGAAUUUUCACGAGUUGUUGAUGCAGGGGAAAAACACACCUUUUUUGUCAUGACUUUUUUUCCUUCUGAAUAAGAGAAUUGGUUAAAGGGAACAAUCCGACAUGUGAUAUUGCUGACCAAACAUGGAGAUCAUGAAGAUAUCGGUAGCGGCAGAAUGUAGAGGAAGUGAAGUGAAUCAGCUGACUUACCGUAUUCGACAUAAGCGCUCUCAAAACUAGAAAUAGGGGGCUCUUAUUAGAAUGUUAUUUUAGUGAAAAAAACAGAGUUUAAAGAUAAAUUUUGUGCUUUAUGCUGACAGCAUGAAAUGUUUAAGUAUGACAGAUAUAUUUUUCCAGAAUUAAAUGCCCAUAAUCAAGGAUGCACGAGUGUGUAUUAUACGCGAAUAAAUAAGUCUUCUGUACAUUGAUUAAUUGGAAGGGGUGCUAAUUGGGAUUGUUCACUAGCCAAUAUCUUUGCAAAUGUUGCCGUGGGUGCUUAUUAUGUUGCAUACGGUAGUCAGUGGGUCAGACCAGCACUAUUGCGUUUGACUUGAUCAUGUUGAUGAGAAACAGUGACAUCAUCUGAAGUUUUGACAUAACCAGGUGUAGUAUAGUUAUCGUAAGCAGAGUUGCAUCCCUUUACCAUGACAGGAUCUGCUGAUCUUGGAUUCAAAUCCUGACUAUGGUCUUUAGUGUGUCAGCUCCUCAUCUGUGUGUCUUCCCCAAACUUUUCAAUUUCUUUUACCAAGACACUUUUGGCAUUCCUAACCUAUUAAGGUUACAAACAUUGUUAUAACUAAAGAAUCGUUUAAAGAGAUACUCACUUUUGACAGAUAAGUGGUGUUGGAUACGUGGUCUUGAAGAAUUGAUCAAGCUUAUCGGGUCAACUCUUUGAAACCACUAUUUGGGACCUUGAUAUCUAGGAAUUCUUCAAGACAUCCUGAAAAAGUGCUACAUUUAUAUUUACAUAAAUGAUACUGAAACAAGGAAUCUGUCAGUAUCUGAUCUUACAUUGAUGUCACAGACAAUUGGAUUUCCGUGUAUGACACAAUAGUGCUUGACUGCAUGCCGGUACCCCUCCUCACAGACACAGGAAUGAGAAUAGAUAUUUGUUUUGUACCUGACACAUCUUUGCAAUGGAGCGUGGUCAAUAAUCGGGGGGUGUUUAGGGAGGAAGCCAUAAAAUUCUAACAAAUUUGUGGUCACUAAAAUUCAUGGAAAUUCACAGAUCCGCAGAAGAUUCUCAUCUCUGCAAACAGCCCUCAUUUCUUGAAUCGCGCGUCGGUGUAGGGAGGCUGGUGAUUUAGGUAUUUACACUACAUUUAAUAAUGACAGCGAGAGAAACAAUCUAUGCUACUCAAAAGACGUUAAAGCACACACAAUUUCUUCAUAUGACUAUAGUUAAGCUGUCAUAGUCAUAUCUAAAAUAUCCUAAUAAAAAUCAUGACGUAACAGAUUACCUAUAGUCAAAUGUAAAGAAUUGGUGUUCAACUUCUUUUGAGUAGUAUAUUUGUCUUCAUUUUAGGCUCCUUUUUCUAAAAUUUUGUACAAUGACUUGAAUCUCCAAUUCUUAAAAUAGUUGUUUAUCUGCAGCUGAUGAUAUGGCUGACUGUGUGUCAUGUGGACGUGCCUAGCCAAUCAGUUGGUAGCAUAUCUUGCCCAAUCAAAACUCCAUUCAUAUUUGUGAUAUCAGUUCACAAUUCAUUGGCUGUACAAUAAGAUGAAGAUGGUUGCAUUAUUGUGUCGACUCCAAGGGGUUCAGUCUUGUAAUGAUCUGUUGAAACUCAUCAAUAAUGUGAUGAUAAAUGAGUAAAUUUAUGUCAAAAUUAUAAUAAUUCUCAUCAUGAAUCUGUUGAUACAUAUGUGAUGAUGCAUUAUGACUAAACCAAAGAAUAAACUAAAGGGAAACCGUAGUUGCAAUUCAUGUUGUUCUGAUGAUCCAAUAUCGUGUCACCCUCUUACCAUGCUUAGAGUUCACAUGUUCUUUUGAGAACAAGUUGUUUGUGUAAAUGGUUGAUAAACUUGUCUGAUUAUAUGUCAAUAGAUUAUGUGACCUGAAUACAGUUGAACCUCUUAUAUCCAGAUUUGUGCACAUCAUAAGUAUGAACUAAAAAAACAAAAAAAAAUAAUUCAGAUUAACAAGACAUUGUGUUUUAAAGAAAAUUAUUUUGUGUGUGACCUUUUAGAAGUUGUGAUUUCCACCAUGUCCACAAUAGCAAGAUCUGUUUUACCAAGGUUCCAUUGUAUUCAGCAUCACAACUAGAAAUUAUUGAUUUGAUCAUUAAUUAUUGAUUUAAGUGUCCUCAUUAUCUUUGUAUUGUGUUUGCCAACUGUUGCAGACUGUUGAUCAGUUUGUGUUUAAAUGUGUAUUGUACAGUCCCCGCUGUAUUCCGUGUUUUGCAGUUUCCGAAUAUUUUGCACAAAUGUACCUAUCUUGCAGAAAAUCGCUUUUUGUGCAGAACUCAUGCAGAAGUUUGCCUAUAUCAGCUGCAGAAUUCGACAAAUACACUGCAGAAGUUUAACAUGUGAGUAAAAGCUGGUUUUAAACGUGUAAACGUGAUUUUGUUUUUGAAGUGAAAUUGACUUUGGUUCAUUGCAUGUCUGUAUGUUCACACCAGUGAUCUCCAGAUUCACAUCCAUAAGCUAUUCUUGCCGUGGAUAAGUUUAUCAUAAAAAUGCCCGCCACAAGUCAACCAGGUGCAAAACUACGACAUUCACAAAAUCUUAGCUUAAAGGUUUGCAGAAUUGUAUGCAGAAUUAUUAAAAUUUGGUUGCAUAAUUUACUCAUUUUGACUGCAGAAUUUAGAUAUUUUUUUGCCAUGGAAUACAGCAGGGACUGACUGUGACUAUGACAGAGGCAGAACUCUGAAUAUUCCCACACACUUUGUACAAAUACAGCCCCAUUGUCAGUGAUGAUUGUGGAGGGUAAAAGCCCUUGAUAAGCAUCAGAUGAACAUGAUGAACAUGAUACUGUCUGUGUGGACAAUGUGGUUGUAUUGCAUUUGUACUAUUAGUGUGUCCCCUGUGAUGUGAAUUUGCUAUGGGUGAUGGACAGUGUUAAGUCUGUUCACUCACUCACUCACUCCAUUGAAAUAUGAAUUCUUACAUGUCUUGUUGUUCUCAUUUACUUGCUAUCAGUGUUCAUAGUAAAACAGUUAUUUAACUGUUGAAACAAGUAGCUCAUUUGUCAGCAGUGUUGAAAGAUGCAGAAUUUCUAAGGCUGUGCAAUGUUUGUGUAGAGUUGCCUCCCUUACCCAGGCCAGGAUCUGGGUAAAGUGUUAAAUAGGAAGUCUAUCUGCCACAUUAAUCUGACAUGCUAUGAGAUAACUAAGUACUGUUACAUCCAGCUCACUCACUCACUCACAAAUACUGUCCCUCACUCAUAUAGCCUAAGAUCAGUAUUUGACAAAACGCUGUAUUCAUGUAGCUUUGUCUGUGCUGCUAAAGUGACAGUUUUUAGCAAAUUUAUGGCAUGACUUAACUAUUCCUUGCUUACUCUAAACACUUACCGGUAUUGCUUAACACUGGGAGGUAGGUGGGGUAGCCUAGUGGUUAAAGUAUUGGCUCAGAGGUCCAAGGCUCGAUUCCACACUGGGUGCAAAGGGUAAGCCCUUCUGUGUGUCCUAUAUGCCUGGGCCCACUUGUACAAAGCCAUCUUAGCGUUAAGCCUAUGUUAAAGUAUGGGAGUUACGAUAUCAGCGCUAAGAUCGCUUUGUGCAUGUGGGCCCUGGAAUAUUGUUAAGGUGUGACUUUAAACCGAACUUGCUCUUCACAUCAGAUCAUCAUUGCAUAAAGUAAUAUUUGUCUGCAGUGUUGAUAUAUGUUUUGUACCAUGCAAAGUUGUCAGCAUUGGACGUUUUGCUCAUUUUGUCUGAUAGGCCUGCCCAUGCGUUCCAGUGUUGUGGAGGAUAUAGAGCUGUGUCAUCCUCUCCUUCUGUUGUGUAGACCCGACUUGUUCUGUCUGGUUUGUUCUCCCUCAUGUGGCUAUUUCAGCCUGUGAAUGAUGGUUGCUUUUGAAGUCAUCUUCAGUACAUCAUAAUCCUAAAUUUUCAUACAACUGUGAUGUUUUUCUUAUGAGGAUGGAUUCUGAACGAAACAUUGUACUGUUUGAGUUUAUGAAUUUAUGAUUUGCUUGCUUUCUUUAAAAAUGUUAAAAUUUGAAAAUUGACUUCUUACAAAGAAUAAUUAUAACUUGCUUAAGGUUUCAAGGGCCAGUUUUUUUUAGAACUGUAAAAAAAAAAGAAUUAUUCCGUUUCAGUUCAAAAUAGCUGCCUAUUUUGUAAAUAUUUUUGACAGGUAUUUUACCCCAUCAAAUUGAAACAUUUUUGUAAUUUUAUCAUUGUGUCCAGGAGAGACGAGUUCAUCAUGUCAAUAUAUUCCACUUUUGUAAUGAGGAGGUUUAAAUUUCUUUGUUUCCCAAAUGGUGUCAGAUAUUUGGGUUGACGAAAUUGACAUGAUCAAACCUUUUCAUUCUUCACACAGAAAGUUUGCUUUUUCAAUAUUAAACCUGUCGCCUUAAUGCUCUGAUUAUACAAGACUUAGUAUAAGUUGUGUCCUCAAGAAACUGGCUUACUGAUUAUACAAGACUUAGUAUAAGUUGUGUCCUCAAGAAACUGGCUUACUCAAUGUCACUAAGUUAGUGCCCUGCUUAUGUCUAUAUUGAUUUAUUGCUAGUAUUUCUGCACCUGAGAUAAACAGGCAUGGACUUAACGUCACUAUAAGAGGAUACAGAGAGACAUUAAAUAUAUAUAUAUAUAUAUUACUCAAAGUUAAAGAACACCCAAUUCUUUCAUCAUGUUCAUAUGAGAGUUAAUUUGUCAUGACAUGACAGAUUAAUCAUAAGGAAGAGAAUAUAUGGAUGUCAACUUCUUUAUUAUGAGGAACACAUUUGCAGUAUAUGCUUACUCCUUCAUCACCAGACAUGAAAGAAUUGGGUGUUCUUUAACUUCUUUUGAGUAGUAUGUAUGAUAUAAGAACGUGGAAUUGUCCUGCAAUAUUGACAUGUUAGAAUGAAUCAAAGUAAAGAGAAAAUACCCACCUGUAGUGAUGAGGCUUUGUCCACGUGACAGCAUCUUUGAAGGUAUCAUUGAACUUCAUCCUGAAGCCUGUCCUUUACUGCUAUUAGUGUGAUCAGAAGUACUGUUAUAACAAUACUGGGCUUUCGUGUGUUAAAUAAGAAAUGAUUUCAAUAUUACCAAUACGUUGUUCCAGUUGAAUAUGCUGAAUAAUUGUACUUGACUAAUAGUAACAAUAACAGAAGCUACUGCUUUUACUGAGCUUGUACAAUUAUUUGCACUGUAUAUAAUACUUGAAGUAUUAUACUCUAUUAACUUGGGUGAGUGAUCUUAAUUGAAACCCUUCUAAUCCGGACGAUAUGAUUUCCCAGAGAAAUCGUCCAGAUGAACAUGUUUCCAGAGUAACAAAUGAAUGUUCCUGUAAACUUGAUGUAAAUGUUCCCAAGAGUUAUCGCAUGGAGUACAGGGAGUUCUGGAUUUUAUGGGUUCUGGAAUAACCAAAUUUCACUGUGUAUAUGAAUUCAUUAUCACACUAACACAACACUAACACUAUAAAUAACUUGCCUUUAAGCAAAUAUGCUUCUUUUCUGAAAAAGGGUAAUUGAUGGCAUCAUUAUCUUGUAGAAAUUUAUAGAAAGUUUCCUUGGACUUUGUGAAGAAACCUUUGCCAAAAUAUAAAUAGAUUCUUUUUUUCCAAAAUAUUGAACCCGCUAGAGGGGGGUGCGCAUUAUACUCAAGAAAAUAUGGUACCUGAAAAGUUAGAUAGGGUUUCAUUCUUAUUACCAUGGAAACAAUGUUGGCAAUAGAAACCUGGGGUGGUGGGGUAGCCUAGUGGUUAAAGAGUUCGCUAGACCAGGGUUCAAUUCCCCACUUCGGUACAAUGUGUGAAGCCCAUUUCUGGUGUCCUCUCUAACGUGAAAAUGCAGGAAUAUUGCUAAAAGUGGUGUAAAAUCCAACUCACUCACUAACUUAAUAGAGACUGCUUGUGAGUAAUUUGUAAAUUAAAUAGAUCCAUUGAUGCCACUGUAGUAUGAAUGUACCAUGUUGCUGAUGAAAUAUAUAUGGGAAUAUGAUAUCAAUCUCUUGUGGACCAUCUUUGACAUGAGUUCAACACUGCUGAAGUAUAUCGACAUGUUUGUUGACAGUUUUGGAGUAAAGGUAUAUUAUAUAUGUCCUGGGUCCUGCAUGUCCUGCAGUACAAUGGUAGCCUCUGUGAUGUGCCAAUGUUAAGGGACUGACCAUAUAGCAUCCUGGGAAAUUGAGGGGUUUGAGACUGAAAGCAAAAACUAUUUUCUUUGAAAGGAACUAAAUAAUAAGAACGUCCAGCAUGUAAAGUGUAACAAAAAUUACAAUUAUUUUAUUUUAUUUUAUUUUUUUAUUUCUCACCCCUAUGCCCCCCAACCUGCUAAUAUCAAGUAGUCAGUCCCUAAUUUACCCCCAAAUGUGUAGUCAGGAGUGAUUUAUACCUCAUGCCCACCAUACUUACUGCAGUCUUAUCUACGCUUGUGUCAAGUCUAUUGUAAGAUAUGAUGGCUCGGGAAUGCAUUCUGUAUUAGGGGACUUUUGGAUUUAGACAUUACCCUAUGUGUUUUUCAGCGACUAGUGUACAAUGCUAACAGGAUUACCUACAUGCAGUGUGUGUUGGCCGUAGUCAUUGCAGUGUACAGGCUGUGUUCCUGUUGCCAAUGUCCGCCAGCAUACAAGAGCCCGUAUUUUUAUAUAUUGUGCGUUUAUAUGACAGUUCUCACUGUAACCGUAGCUGUCAUUUUGAUAUAUACAUGCUUACAUCAUUUGGCUCCGACGUAGAUAAUUUUAGUGUGUGCGUAUCAGAGGUUUAUCUGUACAAUAAAUUGUAUACAUACUUUA